UUGUUAUCGUUUCCCCCAUUUCCUUGUCAUAAUCUCUCUCCUCCGUGAUUACGAGCCCUCUGAUGCUGUAGCCGAGUUCUUUCGCCCUCGAGUCGUCGUCGCACGCUCUGGCUCUCGCUUGCGCUCGUGUUCGCCGGCUUCGAAUCUGAAACCCUACCUCUUUCGCCGGAAGUCUCCGGCCGGCCGUUGAUAUUGCGGUCUUUUUGCGAUUUUACUGUCGAACUGGAAGUUCCUAUCUAGCGGCGGUAGAUCUUUCUCAUCCUCUGUCUUUGGGGCGAUCGGGAACCUUAAUUUGGUUCCGCUUCUUCCGACGAUCGGCGGUCUUCUGUUGCUUUCAUGGCGGAACGAAAGUUAGAUCUGGCGCGUAUUAUGCAGACGAAGCCUAACCCUGAGGCUUGGGGCGGCAAAGGUGAUGCCACUGGAAUGGUUGAUGACGAAAAGGGUCUCAUGGGCUCUCUUGAUGACUCAAAAGAUCAACUGACUUCUGAGAAUAGUUUCCCUUUAUCUCCUCAGUGGCUGUAUUCUAAAAAUUCUGAUAGCAAGGUUGGCAAUUCUGCUGCAUCUGGGGAUACUCGCCUGCCAAAUUCCCUCUCUUAUGGAUCAUCUGCAGACUCUGUGCAGAAAGAGCCUUGGCGUCCUGAUGGGCCUCCAGACAAAAAGGAUUGGAGAAGGGCUGUUCCUGAUGUUGAAAAUAGUCGACGUUGGCGUGAUGAGGAAAGAGAGACUGGUUCGCUUGGUAGGAGAGAUCGUAAGAAAGAAGGUGAUCGAGAAACUGAUCACCGAAAAAAUGACCGCCGCUCCGAAAUUGCUUCCGCAAGAGAUUCUGGUGAAUCUAGGACUCUGCCGUCCUCUGAUAGAUGGCAUGAAGUGACGGGUCGUAGCACUGGCCUUGAGAACCGGCGUGAUAGUAAGUGGUCAUCACGAUGGGGGCCAGAGGAGAAGGAGACACGCACUGACAGAAAAAUAGAUGGCGACAAGGAGGACCAAAUUGCUGAAAAGCAAACAUUUCUUAGUAGCAAUCGGCCAUCUGAAUCUGAAACACGUGAUAAGUGGAGGCCACGACAUCGUCUGGAGAUCCAUUCCGGUGCUUCAACAGUUUAUCGUGCUGCUCCAGGAUUUGGAUUAGAUAGAGGACGGUCAGAAGCUUCGCAGGUUGGGUUUGCUCUUGGAAGGGGCAGGGGAAGCCUUCUGGGAGGCUUAUCCCAGCACAGGACAUCUUCAGCUGGACCUAUUGGUGCUGCACCUUUAAGCAGGAGUUAUGCUGACCAAGGGAGAUCUGGUUUAUUUGCAGAGCUGUUUCGCUACCCAAGGGGUAAACUUCUUGACAUUUAUAGGAAACAGAAGAUGCUGCCUGAUUUUGAAAUUGUUCCUGAUGGUUUUGAUACUCCUCCUAUGACACAAUCAAAGUCUAUGACACCAUUGGCAUUCGUCUCACCGGAUCCUACUGAGGAGUCUCUUUUAGAAGAUAUAUCAAAAGGAAAGGUCACUGGAAGUGAAGUGUUGUACAGUACAAGCAGAGAGCAGAAAGCAAACGUUGACUACAGUGAGAUAGAGGCUACGUCUUAUCCUAUUCUUUCUGCUGCUGAUGCUUCCACCGAAGGUAUUGUUUCUGGAGUUACAUUGAACCCUUCAUUCAGUGAUACAAAAUUUGAUGCUGAGAUUUGCAAAGUUUCAGAUCAUUUUGCGGCGGGGAAUUAUAAACUGGGGCCAAAGCAGCACCUUGAUGAGAAGGAUGCUGGAACAAUGUCAGCUGCUCCUUACGAUAUUAGCAUUAAACUACCUGAUGAUUCAAUUUCUUUGUUCGAGUCUUCUUUUGCUGAGGAAAUUCCAAUAAAUAAGGGAGAUAAACACGAGAGUACUGAAGUGAAACAUCUGGAGCUGGCCUCCCAUGAAGAAUGGAGUUUGUUCUAUCAAGAUCCUCAAGGAGACAUUCAGGGACCAUUUUUGGGUGUUGAUAUAAUUUCCUGGUUUGAGCAGGGUUUUUUCGGUUUGGAUUUACCUGUUUGUUUAUCUGAUGCUCCAGAAGGUACCCCAUUCCGGCCUUUAGGUGAAGUGAUGCCACACUUAAAAUUUAGGUUUAAUUCCACCAUGGAAGUUUAUUCUGAGGAGCUGUGUGAUCCUUUUUUGGAUACCUCAAAUGAUAAAUUUGAGGUCAUCGGCUCACUGGCUUCUAAUUUUGUUGACCAAAGUUUGAAAACAGCUGCGCCUGUCUCUGAUUCAAUGGUCAGUCAUGAAUGUCAACCUAGUGUCUUAGAUGUAAGAGGCUACAUGGAAACUCCUCCAACUGGGAGGACACUGGUUUCUGAGCUUGAAGCUUCUGCCACUAUUCCAGCUUCUGAAAGUCAUACCCUUCAUGAUUUUCCAGGACAAGAUACUGAAGAGGUUCUAUAUACUGGAAGGUGCAUGAAUGAAGUUGAGAAAUCUCUAGAGAUGACAGCUAAUGAUGAAUCUAAUUCCUCUUGCGCUAAUCUUGGUCAUCAAUUUCUGUCCAGUGAAAUUGGGCAACCUCACAUGUCUAGUCAUAAAAAUCAUAGUGACAAUGAUAUUAAUCCGCUUGGAUUGCUGUGGUCUGAGUUGGAAGGUUCACAUUCUCGGCAGCCCAUAUCAUCCACUAUGGCUGGUAUAGAUGACCCCAUCCGAAAUCUUAACCCUUCGGUAUUAGACCCCCUACUCUACAUGCAUAAGCAGGACCAGUUUAAUCCAUCUAGUAACCAAGCUUUUCCACCAGACGCAUGGCCUAGCGCUUCCAUCCAAAGCAACAGGUCAAAUAAAAUUCAAGAUGGAAUUGAUGCAGCUCAUUUUCCACAUUUUGAAGAUGAGUUUAGCCACCUCAGUAUUCAAGACCAGCUACUGCUUCAUCAGCUUCAAAAACAGCAACUUCAGGAACAUCUUCCUUCUCAUCAACACAUGCAUUUAGGCGAAUCAUUUGUGGUGCCAGAGCAGGGUUCUCUGCACCACAGAGCUAACAAUCAAUCCAUGCUUGAUAUUGAGCAUCUAAUUAAACUGCAGCAGCUUCAAGAACAGCAGCAUCAUCUUCAGCGUUUACAUGAGCAGCAGCAACUGCAGCAACAACAGCAACAAUUGCAGCAGCAACAACUUUAUCAACAAAUGCAACUGCUGAAGCAGCAGCAACAACAAGAGCAACAACAACAGUUACUGAUCGAGCAUAUGCUGCAGCGGCAAGCGCGCGAGGCACUUCUACGGGAUGGCUCCCUCGAUCAGAUAUUACUUCGACAGCACAUUGCACGAGAGUUGGAACAUCAGCCUCAUCAUUUCCAACGGAAUCAGGAUCUAGUGUUAGAGCAGUUUUUGAAAGCAAAACUUGGCCAAAAUCUUCACCAUGAGCAACACAAUGAUUUGUUGGAUGUCCUUUCUCGUCAGAAGCAUAUGUCUACACUCUCUUUGGAAGAGCAAAUUUUCUUGAGACUUCAGCAAGAGCAGUUGCAGGCAAGGCAGUUAUCUCUUGCUUCUAGGCAUAAGCGAGGCAUGGAAGAGGACAGGCAUGUUGGCAAUGUCUGGUCUGUUGACGAAUCGGGUCAGUUCAUGAGAACAGCUGCUAGUGCUCAGCACCCUCAUUUAAACAGGCUUAACCAGAUGGAUUAUAUUCAAUCCCUGCAGCCGCCUUCGCCAUUUGAGCAGGCAGGCUUACUUGAGCAGAACCUCAUGCUACAUGAGCGGAUGCAGCAGAAUCCUUACGAAAGAAAUACACAUCCUUUCGAUAGUUCAAUUCAUAUGUCUCGUAGCCCUCCUGAGCCAAAUGCAGAUGUUUUAAACGUGAUAGCACGGCUGCAGGGGUUGGACAUAGCAGAAAUCCGUGGUCACAUGCAUCCUCCAGUUCAAUCAAGGCAGUUCCAUCCUGUUAAUCCUCAUGAUCAUCACAUCUCAAAUCAAUUAUUUAGGCCUCGUUUGGAUGUGAUUGAUGGCCAAUGGGCCGACUCGAACGGGCAGCAGCGUCCUAAUAAUUUGGUAGAAGCACAGUUAAAUCAGCUUCAUUAUGAAGCUGAGAGACAGAAGCGGGAUUUGAGGGGAAGUCUGUAUAACAUGGAAUCAACUUCAUGGGCAGCACUUGCUGGAAAUGAGAACAUAAAGCACGGAAUAGAUGAUUUUUUCCAGCAGCAAUUGGUUCUCCAACCUUCUCAGCCUUUGGAGUUACUUGAUACUACCGCUCCAUCCUUUGAAGAUAGGGACCCCAACUGGUUCACAAACCCUUCAUUGGAUAAUUCUUUUGCUGAGGGUUCCAAUUUAAAUAAGGUGUUUAUGCAGCAGGAUGUAGUGGGGAAUCCUAGUGUCGAAAUAGAUGGCGGUGAUUAUGAUUUAAGUGGAGAGUUGGCUUUAAGGACUAGAUCUAGCUUGUCUAUUGAGCAGAACCAGUUCUUUCAUGAAGCAGAUGAGAUCGAGAAGGAACUAGCUGUUGAUCCUGUUGUCAAUGAUUCUUCUGGUGAUAGGGUCGAUUUCUUAGAUUUGAAGGAUGGGAAGAGGCUUAAGCAGCGCAAUGCAAGAAGUAAGCGUAGUACAAGGGGUAAGGCCCCGAACAAUCCUGAUCAAGCUGUUGGGUCUUUUUCAGAAGAUCAUGAGGUGCAAAGCAGUGCACCUAUUAGACAUACUUCAUUGGGCAGCAAUGCCGGGGGUUUGAACUUCUACAAUUAUGAGACGAGUACAGAUAAUGUUUAUGGUGAAGGAAUGUCCAGUAGCAGAUCACUAAGAAUUCUUGACAGAGGGUCUGACAGUGCCUCAUUAAAGCACGCCCAAGACCCCUUGACUUUAUCAACUCAAGGGUCUCUGUCUGAGUUCAUCUCUGCUCCCACCAUCGAAGCCAAAAAUCCAUCUGGUUUUCCUUCUUCUGAAGCUUCUGCUUCUGGCAUCUUAAAGGACUUGAGAUUCCGUAGAACUUCUUCCACUGACAUUGAACUCCCUGAGACUUCAUUCAUCGACAUCAUCAAAAGCUCUAAGAAACCUGCAGAAUCCGAAACUCAUCCCGGCAGCUCUCACGAUCUCUUGGAAUCCGGACAAGGUGUGAAGACUGCGAAGAAGAAAGGCAAGAAGGGAAGGCAGAUAGAUCCUUCCCUCCUUGGAUUCAAAGUCCACAGUAACCGCAUCAUGAUGGGCGAGAUUCAACGCCCCGAUGACUGAUUCCCUUUCUUUCCAUAUCUUCUCACAUUUAAUCUAUUGUGUAUACACUUCUCAAUUCUUUCUCUUUAUGUUUUCCCAACUGCUCCGGCUGUAAAGAUUGGAGGGUUCAGUUUUGUUAAUUAGAAGAGCCCUUUCCAUGAGUUCAAUAAAUGAGCUUUGAUACGAGUAAAGUUUCUGUACAGGAUGGUUUGGUUGCAUCAAUCAGUUUGGAGAAAAAGCUUAGACGGACUUUA